AACAUUUUUCAAUAGUUCGUUGUCGCUAAAGCAAAGUUUUGUUGAUGUUCAUUAUUUUAUUUUGUUCUUAAUAAAAUGCAAUACAUCUUAUGAUGGAUAUAAAUCAAUUAGUCAAGAAGUGACUGUGUUGUGUCUAAACUCUAAAGUUUGUUUUCAACCUUUUUCAAAUGUCUGUCUAGUCUCGUUUGUGUGCCGGGGUAAAAGACUCAAUCAUGUAUUUUAAUUACGUUCUACUUCAUAUAUUUGCAUUUAUGAUUGGUAAAAGGGUGGAUGCCGCAGUGUUCAGAACAAACGACUUGAGAUUAACAAAAGAAAGGUUGUUAUCAGAUUUAAGUGGAUGUACCAUAUUCGAACAGCAAUGCUCCCAUUUAGACGAAAACCUGUCUUUACUAUCGUGUGCACUAGACACGGCACACAGUAACAAAACACAAAGUUCCUUGCAUUGUCAACACAAAAUGUGGAUGUACCAAGCAGAGUUGCUAGACAACACUUUCUUAGAUUAUCAAAUCAAAGAUAGAUGCCACGAUGAAGCAAAUAUUUUAGAUUGCUUUAAUACAAGUAUAAAACGAAUUGAUUGUAUUUUAAAGAGGAAACCUAGUGUAAGGAAUAAAAAAUGCUGGUGGGGCAUCAGUAAAAUAGAGAGUAUCAUAUUUAACGACUGGCAAAUCACAGAAAACUUCUUAAAGAACUGUAUGGAUGAUAUUGAAGCCCAUGAAUGUGGUAGAGUGCCAGCAGAUACCAAGGUGCUCUCUCAAGCUUAUACCCUCAAGUGUCUUCAGAGUAAGGAGGAAAAAAUAAGACCAGAGUGCCAAUCAGAAAUGAAUUCCCUCAAAGAAAUGAAAUAUAGUACUCUUCAGUUGGACAAGAUUGUUCUAGCAGCAUGUAAUGUGGAUCAGAGCAAUUACUGUCCAGACGAGCUGCCUGGGUCUCUGUUAAUGUACAAAUGUCUUGUUAGACACAAAUAUGAAAGAGGUAUGACAAAGAAAUGUCAGAAUCAAUUGUUUUAUGUUCAAAGGAAUAUGAUAAUGAACUAUAAGCUAAGUAAAGGAUUGGUAAAAUCUUGCAAAGAAGACAUUCGUAAGUAUCAUUGCCGUAAAGGUGUUGUGGAGGACAAAGAUGUACGGCUUGCACAGAUAUUGCUGUGUCUCGAAAAUGUUAUGCAUAAUGAAACCACAAAAUUGUCACCUGAAUGCAUAGGAGAAAUGACAGACCACAGGAAAAUGCUAAUGGAUGAUUACAGACUAUCGCCAGAACUAAUGCAAAAUUGUGCUAAUGAUAUAACUAUGCUCUGCCGGGGCAUCGAAGCUGGGGGCAAAACUAUACAUUGCUUAAUGGAGCAUGCUAGACCCAGAAAGAGGAAAGAGAAGAGAAUAAGUGUUGCAUGUCAAAAAUCAUUGGAAGACUUAGUGCAGGAAGCUGACCCUGGUGAGGACUGGAGGGUUGAUCCUGUUUUACGUAAAGCUUGUAAAGUAGUCGUGGACAGAGCUUGCAGGGAGGUGAAUGGCGGAAAUGGCAGGGUGAUGUCUUGCCUCAUGGAGAAACUUGGAACAAGCUUUAUGACCAGUGAGUGUGAAACAGCAUUGUUGCAGAUACAGUACUUCAUAUCUAGGGACUUUAAGCUCGAUCCCCAGUUAUACAAAGCAUGUAAAUUUGAUGCUGUUACCCAGUGCAAAGCCAGGUUGCUGUGGGCCGAUCUGAAUGAACAUCCCUCUGAGAAGGAUCCUUUGAUAUUGCCCUGUUUAUAUAACUAUGCAUAUAACUCUGAACUCAGAGGCAUAUUGAAGCCAGCUUGUGAACAGCAGGUGAGGAGAGCUAUGCGGCAAAGAGCCGUUAGUGUGGACUUGCUACCGGAAAUAGCUGACACUUGCAUAGAUGACUUGGCAAACUUCUGCUAUGAAAACACAGGUAAGGGAGAGGAGAUCAUGUGUCUACAAGGCAAGCUCAAGGAACUCACCCCUAAAUGUCAAAAAGUAGUCGCAAACUUUACAGAAACUCAGAGUGGUCACAUAGAACUGAAGGCUGUUGUUAGCACCUACUGCAGAGUGCCCAUAGAGAAACUUUGCUCCUCCGAGCUAAAGAGUAAAAAUGAGGAGGAUGACAUAUUAGAUUGCCUAAUAACACACAAAAAUAACCCAGAAAUAAAAACAAAUUCAAAAUGCAAAGCUGCAAUCGAGCAUGAGCAGUUAAUAUCAUUAAAAGAUUACAGGUUUACAAGGAAAUUCAAGAAUGCAUGCAAACCUUAUGUGGUGAGAUUCUGUCCCAAGGCCCAAACAAAAAGUCAAGUAGUUCUCUGUUUGAGUGAAAUAAUUAGAAAUGAUACAUUAUCAAGAAAGAAACACACAAUAUACAAGGAGUGUAGACAACAACUGAGAAGUCAGCUCUAUCAACAGAAAGAAAAUAUAGAUUUAGACCCUGAACUAAAAGAAGCAUGCAAAAAGGAUUUGCUAGAAUUUUGCCCUACUGUUCCCCAUGGAGAGUCUGCAGCCUUAGAGUGCCUUCAGACUGCCAAAGGCAAGUUGAGUGAUGGUUGUAGAAAGGCAAUAUUUGUAGUCAGAAAACAAGAAUUCUCUGACAAUGCAAUAGACUAUCACCUAAUGACCAAUUGUAGUGAUAUGAUUGAUCUCUACUGUCACAAAACAGAGCCUAUAGUUUUGCUGGACUGCUUAAAGGCUCAUCGACAAAAGGUAGACUUUGAUAAUAACUGCAAAAUUGUUGUUGUCAAUAGAAUGAUUGAACAAAAUAUGGAUUAUCGUUUUAACAACCAUUUACAAAAUUCCUGCAAGUCUGAUAUUAAAAGAUACUGCUCCAAUAUUAUUGCAAAUGAACCCGAAAAUAUUGAAUUGGAAGGUAAAAUGUUACAAUGCUUGAAAAAGAAGUUUAGAGAAUCAAAACUGGAGCAGCCCUGUGAAAAUGAAUUAGCAAAUGUAUUGAAGGAGCAGGCUCUGAAUUAUCGCCUGGAUCCAUUGCUGGGGAAACUGUGUAAGGCAGAAAUACAAACAAUAUGUGCUGUGCCAAAUGAUUCCAUUACUAAUUUUGAUGGCCAGGUAGAGGAAUGUCUGAAGAAGGCUCUCAUAUCGCGUAAGAUUGUGUCAGCAGAAUGCGCCCAAGAGGUGGUUAAUAUAAUUGAAGAGGCAGAAGUAGAUAUAGAAGCUGAUCCAUUGCUGGAAAGAGCCUGUGCAGUAGAUCUGUUAAAGUACUGUAAUAAUCUAGAAAGGGGGGCUGGGAGAAGACUAAAGUGUUUAAAAAUAAUUCUAAAUGACAACACAAGAGAACUAGAAACUGGUUGCCAAAAGGAGUUAUCUAACAGACUAGAGAUGUACAGACAUGUGGCAGCUAUCAAUGUAAUUGAUGAUCUCAGUGAUGUAUAUGAUGGAAUAUCAUCAUCUCCUUCAAAAAUAUAUUUUAUGGUCAUAGGUAUAUCAAUUGUAGGUUUAAUUUUUAUAUUUGGAUUAUAUUGUGGCCGCAUAACAAAAAGGGCAAUGUAUAUAAAGAGAAAAUAG